AUGCCCCUGACUGGCCUCGGUCUGCUUAAACAAAAAAUAAAGACCACUAGGCAGAAACACGUCAAGAAGCAUCUUGGCUUCUUUCAGAACAAUUUUGGUGUCUGGAAGCCAUACCAGAUUCUGCUGGAUAACACUUUCUGUCAGGUGGCGCUGCGGGGCCACAUACAGCUGCGGGAGCAGCUGCCCUGUUACCUGAUGGGGGAGACACAGCUGUGCACAACCAACUGUGUGUUAAAGGAGUUAGAAACAUUGGGAAAGGACUUGUAUGGGGCAAAACUAAUUGCACAGAAAUGCCAAGUUCGAAACUGUUCCCAUUUCAAGAAUGCAGUGAGUGGAUCUGACUGUCUGCUCUCCAUGGUUGAAGAGGGAAACCCUCACCAUUUUGUGGCAACACAGAACCAGAAUUUACCUGUGAAAGUGAAGAAAAAACUUGGAGUUCCUCUCAUGUUUAUUAUUCAGAAUACUAUGGUCUUGGAUAAACCCUCAUCCAAAACAACUGCCUUUUUAAAAAAAAAUUUUAUUUAUUUAUGUGUGUGUUCAGGUCAGCUCAUCUCAGUGCAUGAGAAAGAAAGUAUAGAGCAACUCAAAGAGGAACAGGGUUUAAUGAAAAAUCCUGAGCAGAGAAAAAGAAAAAAAACAGGGCCUCGGCUCCGCAACUGCCACUCCUCCUCGGAGGAUUGCACAAGUUUCGAGAUCACCGGCGACCCCCCCUAG